AUGCAAAUGCCCUUACUACACACACGCUAUCGACCGCUGCGCAUCAUAUGGUCGCCCCGGCCAUUCUAUCCAGCAGCGAACGAUACUCGUCGGUUAUCUCUGCUCAGCACACGCGAGCCACGGCGCCCAGUACGCAUCACCGCACAGCUACUCCGACAGCGGCUACCACAGUGGCUACUCAAGCUCAAGGAGCUAUCGAUGAACAAUCGUGUCUACUACAAUGAGUUCUCACUCUCCACAACUGAUUCUGUUCAAGUUCGACGAUUGGGUCACCUACCUGAUCUCGCUCAACCCAUCACAGCUCUCCUCUCUGUUGGCAGGGCAUUUUCGCUACAUCUAUGGUGUUCACUAGUGUCUUAUCGACUACUCAUUACAUUAAGAGGAUACCAAAACGUUGCUGAAGAUUUGGCCAUUCAAGCUUUAGCCAAAACUGUUUCUAUUGAUAAUCCCGCUUCUCCGCAACCUUUGUUGGAACAAGAUCUCCAGAACGGCGGGUCUGAUUUAUCGACGGGCAAUCUCGCCCCUGCUACUCACAACUCGCCAUCGACAUUUCCUUCAUCCGAAAACGAUAUCCAAGACUCUGCAAUGUUUUCCACAAUUAUUGGCCACACUCGUGGCCUUCUGCCUCAUAGAGAGUCUCAAGGACAAGCCGUAGCCAGAGUCGACGAUUUCGAUCACACGCCUCCUCCCAGUGGACGGCCAUCCGUGGACAUUCCAAGAAAGCAGGAUAAGGGGGAACGUAUCACAUCUCAACAACUACUUCACAAACCAUCCCAGAUCGACAGCACUAUUGCUAUUAAAGAACAAUCUACUUCGAUCUUCUCGAAACCUAUCUUGGGUAUGUCGAGUACGACAUCGAUCGAGGUGCUCAGCCCUUUAUCUGGUCUUACACACCACAAGCCCUCUUCAUCUAAAAAUGAAACUGCCACGGAUAGUGUGCGUAUAGGAUUACAGGAUGAGACACGAAUCCAACCAUUGCCAAACCAAACACCACUUGACAAAUCUGGCACUCUUCUGGUGGAAGACUUGAACCAAGAGGAUCAAGAACAACCAGUCCCUCACACAGACACUCAAGGUCAUGCUGACGGGCUCCCAUCUUGGAAUUUUCGGCCCAUUCUUUCUCGACAUUCUCCUAAGGAUGAUGAGACUCGACUCCACAGAAGAUCUACCUCCAUAAGUCCUGGUAGCCAGGAAGCUAAAACAGGAGUAUGCGCUGAAAACCAAUCACUCAUUGUCGGAAUACCAGAAGUCCAGCUGGACAAUCCGCACGACUGCCACGAUAAUCUCCGCGACUCGGAUGCGCAAAUAUCCUCAUCAGUUGAAGACUGUGAACCGCCGAUCGUAUAUGCGCAACCAUCAGGCCGAAGCCGAUCUUUGGGGUCGAUGAUGAAUUAUUUAUGGAAAACCAACUGGCUAAAACGUUUGUCACAGCUAAGCGGAUCUCUCGAUCCCAUGCUUCCAGGGAUAUUAUUUCGAACAAAGUUGGUUAGAGCUGAUGAUAGACGUCCGUCUGAACCCGUACUGCCGAGCAGUCAAGUUCCGCAUAAGCUAUCAUCUUGGUCUCCCUUACCUGGUGAGCCAGAUCAUCGUGCUGAUGGCCUUUUGUUCGACCGUACUUUCAGUGAUCUCGAAAGGCUUGUUGACGAGGCCCUCUCACUUGCAUUAGAGGCAGCAGACCGGUCAGAGACUGCGAUUCACGACGACCAAAGUCCUCUUUCCGAAGUAGGGCAAUUCGAUCUGCUUGCUGAGCCGAACACAUCCCCUGCCACCCAAGAAAACACCGAAGUGGUUACAGAAUACGAAGAUAGUCAAAACCGCCAUGGGAAGCCACAAUAUAGACGUGCUGCCACUUACACAGCCGUUCCGAUGCGUCCACGCUUAGCUGAUAUCGUCGAGAGUUAUUCGGGAACGUAUCAGGAGCUUCGGUCAAGAACCCACAUCGACCGUACGCGCGAGGAAAGCUUCUCAAGGCAAACACCGCGUAGUAUUUCAUCUCGGUCACCCAGUAACGCAGCAAAGACAGGACCCAAACGCAAAUCUAUUACACUAGAGGAUCUCCUCAACACUGUUAUUUCUCUCAAACCUGACGCCAAGAGACAAGACACUGAACACAAAAUUCAAAAGUGUGCUUCAUCCAUCAGCCUCCCAUCGGGCGUUGGAAGCGGAACCGGACAGGAUGCCCUGCCAGAUCACGGCAUUUCUGGUAGGAGGUUACACUAUGAACAUGGGAUUAACCUACGAAAGAGAUCACAUGUCAGUCUACGUGAUACACGCGGAUUUAAUCUUCCAAAGUCAUACAUAAGGCAGCCAAUUGCGAGAGACUGGUCACCUGUUCGGAAGCGUUCUGUUGCUUCUAUCGCUUGCUUGAGUACAGCCCUCAUUGGGGUACUCCUUGGAAUCUAUACGGGUCUGGUGCCUUCAAUCCAAUACUAUAUCGUGGAUCAAUCGCAUGUUGCUGUUCAUGGCAACACUGGCUGUUUCUUGGCUCUCGCUUUGCCUUCGUUCUUUUUCUGGCCAUUGCCUCUACUUCACGGUCGAAAACCAUACAUCAUGUCCAGCCUCAUCAUUGCAAUGCCUUUACUUUUCCCCCAAGCCAUCGCUGUCAGUAAUCAAAGAUUGACCAACACGACCUACUGGCGGGCUAUGCUUUUGGUCUGUCGUACGCUAAUGGGUGGCUCAUUGGGGUUUGCCAGCAUGAACUUUCACUCAGUUCUGACAGACCUGUUUGGGGCAUCCCUGAUGUGUAGACACCCCCAUCAAGAGAUCGUUGACCAGUUUGACGCGAGGAGACAUGGGGGUGGUAUGGGUAUUUGGCUUGGAAUCUGGACCUGGUGUUGGAUCGGAUCCCUCGGUGUUGGAUUUCUCAUCGGUGCCGCCAUUAUUGACAGGCAUCCCCCGGCCUGGGGAUUCUAUGUCAGCAUCAUAUUGAUUGCCGUGGUGUUGAUCCUAAAUGUAAUAUGCCCUGAAGUACGAAGGUCUGCAUUCCGAAGAUCCAUUGCAGAAGUCCGAACCGGAGGGAGCAUUUCACGCCGUUUAGCCCGAGGAGAAGUCAUGAUGCAUCGAGUCAAGACAGGUCCCAAGUGGUGGGGUCAGGAGGCAUAUCAUGGGGUUCGCUUAUCCCUGGAGAUGCUUGAGCAACCAGGUUUUGCCGUCAUGGCGAUUUACGUCUCCUGGAUAUAUGCGCAGAUUGUCCUUGUCAUCAUCUUGAUGGGCUCACUUGUUUCUCGGUUCUACCGCUUGCGAUCACCAUACGUAGGUCUCCAUGUCGUCGCCGUGGCUGUCGGCGCUCUGCUUGCAAUCCCUUUUCAAAAGGCCAGUAUUUUCUCGAGGUCUCGCCGUCGAGAAGGCAAGUCAAAUCGAGAGACUAUCGGCAAAAAGGUUGCAUGGUCAUCGCAUCUCAUCCGACGAGCCAUCUUCACGAUAUCUUUGCCCAUCGGUGCUGCCUGUUAUGCUGCAGUCUCUUCUGGUCCACCGAUCAGUUCUAUUGUGCCAGCUUUCUUUGCUCUAUGUAUGGGCUUCUUGUCGUGUCUUGCAAUUUCUGAAUGCAAUGGCCUCAUCAUGGAAACGUUCGAUACGUCAGACCUAUCUCCAGGCAUGAUUGGUCACCACCGUGAUCUAUCGGGCCAAGACCAUCGGAGGACCAACUACUCGUCUUUUCCAAGAAUAACUGCAGGUUUUGCUGUAAUACACUCCCUCUCAUAUAUCCUAGCAGCAGGCUCAACUGCUCUAGGCGGUCAUGUGACCCGAAAGCUUGGGCAACAAGUCGCAACAACCGUCGUUGCGGGCAUCCUCUUCUUGUUGACUGUCCUGUUACUACUCGUACUCAUCAGGUUCAAGAAUGUACUCAUCAUACCUCGAUCAAAGUCCGAAGAGAUGGAGAAGCUGACUCAGGCUCGGCGACAAUCUUCCAAACGCCGGGCCACUAUGCCCAACGACAUACGUGCUUUAAUAGAGGAGGAUCACGCUUGGAGACCUGCAAUGACGGGCAACCCAAUGGGCAAAAACCGUCGGAUGAAUGUUCUCGAAAUGGGGAACUUGACAAGAUGGGAAGACAUUCGAAGGAGAAACAGGCUCAUAGAUUCAGGUGUACAUAUCAACCGUGAAACACUAGAUCAUGGACUGGAGGCUUUGGAUGCUGCUUUAGAAACCCAUGUUGACGAUAUGCGACAGAAUGCCCAGGGAUUUUUCAGGCGAGGAAGUUUGAGAAGACAUGGAAGCCGCCUGCGACGCAGCAACCAAAGCAGAAGCAGUGAACAAACUUUCCAUGACCUAGAGUUGGAUACGUUUGAUCCUAUCGGGACAACAAGCGAGUCAUCUCAGCAGCCACGACAGUUUGCUGAAAGGGACUGCGUGAUGGGUCAAGUGAUCAAAGAGGAGGACAAAGUUGAGAAUCAAGCGGCGGCAAGCAGCUCCCGGAAGGAUGUCUGA